AUGACGUCGUCGAUCCUGGCGCUGCUCGGCCUAAUCCUGGCGACCGCCAGCGCCGAGCUCAGCUCGAGGGUCGUCAGGACAAAGUACGGAGAAUUGUCGGGCGUUAUCGUGACCCUCGAUCGGAACCUCGAGGGCGUCGAGGUGUUUCGCGGAGUUCCGUACGCGUCGCCGCCGAUCGGCUCCUUGCGUUUCAUGCCACCUGUCAACGGUGCAAUCUGGCAAGGCGUUAAAGUGGCCGACAAAUUCGGGCCCGUCUGCCCGCAGAGGCUGCCCGAGCUCAGUGACGAAAUGCCGAAAGGCAGGCUCGAGUACCUCAGGAGACUGCUACCCUACCUGCGGAACCAGAGCGAGGAUUGCCUCUACUUGAACAUCUACACACCGGUUCAAGCGUUGAAAUGCGACGAUUGGAAAAAGGGUCUGUCGCGAGGAACGAGCUCCUUGCACGGAGCUGCAUUUCCUUGCAUUUUGCUGAAUGAAGAACGCGUUAUAGACGCUUGUAAACUUGGAAAAUUGGAAAUGUAA